GCCCGGCCCCCUUCCUUCAAUUUUCACCAAUUCUGUGGCCUUGCCAUGUCUUCUUGCGUGGCUAUCCUGUUCAUAUUUGUUGUCUCGGUUCUCUAUCCUUCCUAUAUCGCUAUUCCUGCCCCUGGAGCCCUAGCUUCUUAUCUACACUAUCCCCCGAGCCAUGGUGCGGAUAAACAGCACUCACUGGGAGCGCCGAGUCUUGCUGGCGGGACCAAAGUUCCACUCGAGAUCCACAUAAUGUCUAAAUGUCCGGAUGCCAGAGAUUGCCUGGAACGGCUCAUUGCACCCGCGCUCGAGGAAAUCGAGUCAUUGGUGGACUUCCAAAUGAGCUUCAUUGGACGGUAUUUUUUUGUCCCCCAGUCUUUCUUUGGUGUUCGCUGACCAAGAUUUCUAGACCUACAGCGGAUGGUGGUGUAUCUUGUAUGCACGGGCCCUCGGAAUGCCUUGGCAAUGUUCUACAUCUCUGUGCUGCAAAGAUCAAUUCACCCCCUUUGCCUCCACCUUCGCAUACGUACCUACCCUUCUCUCUUUGCCUCAUACAUGAUUACAGAAAUAUCCCGGAGCCGGGGUUUGUUGAAGGAUGCGCGGAUAAGAAUGGAAUUGACUUCCGAGAGUUAAAUGAGUGUGCGUCGGAUAUGGGACCUGAUGGUGGGCUAAGCAUGUUGAGAAAGAGCGUGGAGAGAAGUAGAGCGCUCGGAGCGGGGACAAGUUGUACCGUUAGAGUUGAUGGGAAGACUCGGUGCGUCAGGGACGGAGGCAGAUGGAAGGAUUGUGAUGGAGGGAGCGACGUCGAGGACCUGGUGAGGGAUAUUAAGAAGGUAUACAGAGGGAAGAAUGGUGAUAACUGGGGCCCUAGGGAGAGAGGCGAGAAGCUAAGCGAGUGGAUUGAAAGUGAGCGUAUCAUUUGGGCGAGGCGCUAAUUUCAAUGUAGUCUUUUGGUGCAUCUGUUUGGUUUUUGGGUAGUGUAUCUUGGAAUCCGCAGGCUAAUCACUUCAUCCGAUCUAUUCCACCCGUGUGUUUAUUGAAAGUUAGCCAUUGGCUUAGGGUGUGGAAGGGUUCUUGGGCUUAAUGUGAAGUGAGGAUGCCUCUACUAUCAUAAGGGGCCGGAUGGGCGAAGAACAAUGGACUAUCACGGACUUCACCAUUUCGAGGAAAUCUGGUUCCAAGGUCAGGGCGUUAUGAAAUAACGUUGCUGGUGAACUGGUGAACUGCUGAGGGUAUCAUACCAGUUGUGAACUAGGGCCUGAAGUGUAUGUAGUGCUGAAGGAAGAUGCUAUUUCAAUACUUGUUCUAUCAAACCCAACUUCAUGUGGGUUUCCUGGUGAAGCGCAAAUCGUUCGAGGAAAUGGUCGGCCUAAUUAAUGGUAUGGUAUGGUACGAGGUGGAGUGCGGUAUUGCGGGAGAAUCAGCACUGGUACGUAUAAUACUGCACCAGCAGCCUGCGGCCUACCCGUAGUCGUAUCAUACUACAUGUACCGGUACUGCACACAUCGGCAGUGCUUCCAGUUGUCCAGCCC